AUGUAUAUGCAAAACCGCACACGUCGACCCUUCAGAGAAAUGGAAAUUAAAAAAAAUGAUUACAAUAGGAAUAUUCAUGUAAAAGGACGUCCUAUUGUUGACAGAAAGGUAUGUUGCCUUGCUGUAAUAACUUUGACUGCAUUCGUGCUAGCAUUAGGAAUAAUAUCGCCAUUGUCGUCAUGGUAUUGGAAGGAUAUGUUGUUUAAUAAAGAAAAUGGGGAAACAAUGAAACCCUUAUGGGACCGUGAGAUGCAUCCUUCACUCCGUGAGCAUCCGUGGAAGACAUCGUACCCUCCACUAAAGUUACAGCAUACACACAGUGAAGAGGAUGAGGAAGAGGAGGCGGUUUUGUCAGCGCUUUCAUUUCUCCUUCCGGCAUCGCAGCGUCGUGUACGUCUGAUGCAGCGGAUUCAAAAGGUGCUGCAAUUUGGCACACGUGUGGCCGGCUCCUUUUCGCCUGGGCACCGAAAAAUGCUGGAAUUUAUCGCCGCGGAGGGUCAAUGGCAACCGCAGUUGACGACACUCUUCAACCCCGCCGUGAUCCCACCGUCGCCGAGGUCGCACUGGCGUUUGGAAUGGGAUAACUUUACAAGCGAAACACCGUUAGGGACGCGGUGGUUUUUUAAUCUCGUCUUCCACUUUGAAGGCGGUCACGCCUUCCGACAACAGAGCUCGAAGGAAACGAAAAAAAAAGAAGCAACGACAGUCAAGCGGCCUCGUCGAUCCUUUGCCGCAGCGGCAGGCGGGCGCAAUGGCGAAGGGAAGGGCAGCAUGGCUGGUGAAAAGCUGCGGCAUGUUGUGUUGGCGGCGCAUUGGGACAGCAAGUACUUUGCCGAGUUUGACUUCCUGGGUGCAUGCGAUUCAGCAGUCUCUGUGGUGUACCUGCUGGAAACCAUGCGGAUGAUUACAGUGCUGUCGGAAACAAGUGAAAUCCUUCAAUCGCUCACUGAAAAUGCGGAGAAAAAGGAUGUUUGCACGCAGUUGCGUCAUGCGCUUUCGCCCGCGUAUCGUAAAAUUUUGCUUUAUUACUACGCCGAUGACGAUGACGUUAUUUGCUGCCUCUCGGGCAACACGACUACGAGAAUGGCAGGAAAUGGAACGGAGGAUGAAAAUGUAUCAAAUUGUGAGGAAAAUUUUGGGGAUGGAAAUGGUGGAGGUGGUGGUGUUGCGUGGCAAAAGCUGCUGCGUCAUGUGAGUCAUCUCCCUGCCAUUACAGUGAUAUUUUUUGAUGGUGAGGAGGCCUUUGUGCGUUGGUAUGGCGAUGACCACACAUAUGGCUCACGACAUCUGGCGCAGCAGUGGAAAAAGAAAAAGAUGCAGCCUGUGGUCACGGAUGCGUACAAUGGGGCCGACACUACUCUCUCAUAUUUUGAUUCGAUUGAUCUUUUUGUGUUGUACGAUCUUAUGGGACCGGCUGAGACAAGGUUUCAUAAUUACUUCCCCGAUCAAAGUGGAAUGGCCUUUGCGUUGCUUGUCGAUGUAGAGGAGGCACAUCGUGUGCGUGCAGAGCGGCUUUCAUGUAUUGUACAGCAAUUUAUGAAGGAAAAGGAGAAUUGUUCGUCCUACCUUCCAGAGAUUUGGUGUCAACACGGGACACCACAUGAGAUGUAUACUUUGAGUGAUGCACCUUGUCUCAUGGGUCCUUUGCGGCCCCACAUCGACAAUGCAGAAAAAUGGUUUCCGUCAAAUGGCGCUUCUCAAGCUCACAGUAUAGGCCUUCGUGUUAGGAACCUAUUUUUUCCCAUGGAGGAGAAACUGGCACAGGGCUCACGGCUCGAUGAUACCUUUGUUAUGGAAGAUGAUCAUAUUCAUUGGAUGGACACACAACGUGUUUUACAUCUUAUUCCAUGGCCAUUCCCGCCAUCAUGGCAUACCGUACGGGAUGAUGGUAGAGAAAUUGAUGAAGGAACUGUCAUGGAUCUUCUCCGAGUUCUUGAAGAAUUUGUUCUUUACCUCGGUGAGGGGUGGAUACAUGGUUGA